CUAAAUCCUCGGGAUUAACGAACGAGUUCAAGGUAAGGGAUCGACGUCAUCUUCAUGACAACAUGACCAGCAAGUCAAAUGCCGAGUCGACGAAUCAGCGUUUCGAAUUUCGGUUCCAGAUUUCCAGGAAGAAGAUCAUAAUUCGCGAUCAUUAAACCCUCCGACUUGGUAGAUAUCAUUAACCUAAUCACAAUCAUCAGCCGUAACCAACUUCCCCGGAUCGCAUGCCCUCCCAAAACUUCCUCCUCUUUAAAACCGAAGAAGAAGAAGAAGGAAGAAGAAGAAGAAAGAAAAUUCAUCUCUCUCUCUCUCUCUCUCUCUCUCUCUCUAUAUGUGUGAUGCUGGGCAGUUCAGUGCAGAGUGUCAAUGUCUUCCAACAGAAAAGGACUCCUGAAGGCCAUUUUCACACCCAAUUUGGGCUGUGGGUGUGGUAAGUCGAAGCCCUCCGACGCCAUCGAUCCCACCCCGUUCCAACCCAGAAGAGACUCUUCGUCUUCAUCGCUCUCCAUCCAUGACAACCUCAAGCUCGUCAAGAUCAAAUCUUGCCCCUGCCCCUCCUCUUCCUCCACCACCACCACCGCCAGUACCACCACCACGUUCUCCCUCCCCAACACCGACGCGUCCCCGAGCCGCCGCCCCGACCCGGAGGCGCCGAGGUCGCGCAUCGGGAGCAGGAUCGCCGUCGCGAAGGACUCCAACGACCCGUACCGAGAUUUCAGGGACUCGAUGCUCCAGAUGAUACUGGAGCAAGAGAUUUACUCGAGGGACGGCUUGCAGGAGCUCCUGCACUGCUUCUUGCAGCUCAACUCGGCCCGCUACCACGCCGUCAUCAUCCGGGCCUUCACCGCGAUCUGGAACGGCGUCGCAUCCCGCGGCGGCGGCGAUCCGGAUGUGCUGCCGUCGGUGUCGUCGUCGCCGUCGAGGUGUGAGGGUAAUGAAAAUCAUGAUGGUGAUGGAGUUAGAGGAGGGUCACGUGAAUGAGAGGCUGUGGCCACGUGAGUGCACUUCUUUCGCACGUGUGAAACUUCCUGGUUCUUUCUUCCUUUUCUUUUGUCAUUUAAUAUUUUAUUUAUCUCUAGCAUUUUUACUACUUCUUGGUGGUGUGAGGAGUCUGGGAGAAAAUGGUGUAAUCGAUGAACUUGUUUAUAAAUAUAUAUGAUUUCAAAAAUAUAGCUUAUUUAUUUUUAAU